CGCUCUCUCUCUCUCUCUCUCUCUCUCUCUCUCUUAAUUCCCAUCCAUCCAGUUUGAAGAGAGAGAAGUGGUUUGAGAUUCAACAAAGAGGACGAGAUCUGGGUCUGACCCAUUUCUUUUUUGUUUGUUUUUCGUUCUGGGGUUUUGCCUAAAUUCGGAAUUCGAGAUCGCUUCGUUCGAUAAGGGCUUCCUGUUCUUGUUCUUCGUAUUACCCGCUUCCAUUACUGGAUCUUUUAGUUCCCUGAGCUGGGAGCUAUGGGCGUUGAGGUUGUUGGAUUUGAGAUGGUCAAGGGACCGAUGGAAUCGGCACCGGUUGCAGAUAAUUACGUUUUGAAAAGCGAUGAAAAUGGAGAUUUGGAUCAAUUGCCUGAGAAAAAUGUGCCCAUAAAGUUUGGUUCUCAUGAAGAGGAGCCUGUUAAAGAACAGGCAGAUGGUUCUUCUUCAGCCUCUAACGUCCCGAAAGAUGCUGCUGAUGAAUGGCCAGCGCCUAAGCAAAUCCAUAGCUUCUACUUCAUAAGGCAUCGCCCGUAUGACGAUCCGAGUAUCAAAGCUAAAAUUGAUUUGGCUGAUAAAGAGAUACGUAAGAGGAGUCAAGCUCGGUUUCAAAUCACUGAAACACUCAAGUCAAAGAGGGCGGAACGAGCAGAGUUGAUUACACAGUUGAAACCUCUGAGAGAUGACAACCGACAAUAUAAAUCAAUUGUUGACGAGAAAAUCAAGGAGAUUGAACCGCUUAAUCAAGCUCUUGGCAAGUUCCGUAAUGCAAACAAUGCUGGUCGCAAUGGUGGUUUAUGUUCAUCUGAGGAAGAGCUUAAUGCUGUUAUUCAGAGCCUGCAAUACCAUAUACAACAUGAGAGCAUUCCACUUUCUGAGGAAAAGCAAAUUUUAAGAGAAAUUAAACAGCUCGAAGGGACGAGAGAGAAAGUUAUUGCUAAUUCUACUAUGAGAGCUAAGCUUCAGGACUCUAUGGUACAUAAAGAAGCCCUCCAAGAUCAAGUCAAGAUUAUCGGUGGUGAUUUGAAUGGAGUGAGGAAGGAACAUCAAGCAGUUCGAGCCAAGAUAAAGCAGCUUGAGGAGGCAUUGGAGGCAAUAGACGAAGAUAUUAAAACUUUGCAGGACGAGCUAACUUCUGUUACAGAGAAGAGAGGCAAAGCACAUGAAAACAUUCAGCAACUUAGGAAGAACUCUGAUGAGGGGAACGCCCAAUUUUAUCAAAGCCGAUCACUCUUAAACAAAGCUAAAGAUCUUGCUGCAAAGAAGGACAUCCAGGCCCUCGAGGAACUCGCUUUUACUGAGGUUGAGAAAUUUAUGUCCCUCUGGAAUGGUGAUAAGGCAUUCAGGGAUGACUAUGAGAAAAGAAUUCUUGCAUCGUUGGAUAUUCGGCAGAUGAGUAGGGAUGGCCGGAUAAGAAACCCGGAUGAGAAACCAAUACUUGCCCCUGCAGAACCAGCACCUUCUCAAACUGCGAUGGCAGCUAAACCGAACAUUAAACGAACUAAGGAAGAACCCAAACCAGUACCAUCUGAUCCUCUUCCUGCACAGAAAGUUGAUGUAGAAGUUAAACAAAAAGCUGGAAAGCCCAUACGGCCCUUGGAGCAGGAGGAUAAAGCAGAGGAGGAGAUCCCUAGUUUAUUAAAAUUGUCGAAAGACAUCCCAAAAGAACCCGAAGUCGAUCUUGCAAAAUUAAAGGAAAUGAAGAGGGCUGAGGAAAUCGCAAAAGCUAAACUUGCCAUGGAAAGGAAGAAGAAAUUGCAAGAGAAAGCAGCUGCAAAAGCGUCUCUACGAGCUCAGAAGGAAGCGGAAAAGAAAUUGAAGGAUCGUGAAAAGAAAGCAAAGAAGAAGGUGACCGCGUCUGGAUCUGCUACGGUUCCUGAUGAAGAACCUGUUGAGGCUGAUGCAGUUGAGGAGGAGUCUACAGAGCUAGAAAAUGUUAAUGAAAGUGCUGAAGCUGCUCCGGUUCCUGUUAAGUCCAAAAUCCCGAAGGAGAGUGGCAUUAGGAGCCGUGGCAGACAAAGAGGACUGGAUUCGGUUCCAAAAAUCAUUCGUAAGCGAAAGAAGUCGAUCAAUUACUGGGAUUGGGCUGCUCCUGCUGCUGCAGUGUUGCUUGUGAUCCUUCUGGUGCUUGGAUACUACUACUAUUACCUUCUCUAAAAACUUUGAAACUAGGAGCUAGACGACGAGGUUAUCGACGAGACAAAUUUUCUGUUGAUGAGCAUGCUGAUGAGUGGCUUAGAGGACAUUUGUAUUUAUGUUUAUUUCUGUUUAUUUCAUCCUUACUGGGGAUGGACUCAACUCAUAAUGGUUGGCAUUUUAGUCAGGUUCACAGUGUUUACUGAGGUUGAAACAUGCAAUUUGGUUCUUUCAAUGUAUUUCCAGAUUUUGACUUUGUUCAAUCUCCAUUGC